AUGCAAAAAGAUGUGUUGCAUUUCAGUUCCCUUUCUGGAAAUCGAUUAAUUGGUCCAAUCCCAGCAGCGCUAGCAAAUCUCAGAAAUCUUACCAUCCUAGAGAACAAUGGCUUUUCAGGAAUUUUGCCUGCAGAACUGGGGAAUCUAUCCAAAAUUGAGCAAUUGCAUCUUAGCUCCAACAAUUUCACUGGAAAAAUACCUGAAACAUUUGCUAGGCUGACUUCAUUGAAGGAGUUUCGGAUUAGUGACAACAACUUCACAGGACACAUUCCUGAGUUUAUAUUUCGAAAUUGGAAAAAUCUUGAACAGAUAUAUAUGGAGGCAAGUGGUUUGAUUGGACCAAUUCCAUCCAUUAAUCUUACUUUACCUAACUUGACAUACAUAAUAAUUAGUGACUUGAUUGGAGCUGAAACAAAUUUUACACAACCACUCAUCGAUGCCAGUUUGCCUAAAUUGGAAAGACUGAUGUUGAGGAGUUGCAAUCUCAUUGGAGAGAUACCUGCUUCUUUUGGGACAUUCACAUCCAUAAAGAUAUUAGAUCUCAGCUUCAACAGACUCGGUGGAGAAAUUUCAGAAAAUCUUUCUACUCUUGAUAACUUGACUUAUUUGUUCUUAAAUGGAAAUAAUUUUACUGGAAAAGUCCCUUCAUGGAUACUGAAUACAAAGGAAAAUAUCGAUCUUUCAUACAACAACUUCACAGACAUAGGUGUACCAGGCUGUCAACAAAGUAAUAUCAUGAACUUGUUCUCAAGCAUUGCAAGAGUCAAUAACUCGUUAUUUUCCUCAGCUACGCACUCUGUUCAUAUAAACUGUGGAGGUGAAAUAACAAAAUUCAAUGGCACCGAUUAUGAUGCCGAUAACAAUCAAGCCGGGCCUUCGACAUUUUUACAAAGUACUAGGAACUGGGCAUUUAGUACCACCGGAGUUUUCCUAGACGAUGACCAUACGGACGACAACUUAGCUUUUGACAAUAGUCAAGUUUCUAUCAGUGGUGACGGUGCAGAACUCUACAGAAAUGCAAGGCUUGCACCUACCUCUUUGACAUACUAUCUUUUUUGUCUCGCCAAUUCAACUUACACAGUAAACCUCUAUUUUGCUGAGAUUCAGUUCACUAAUGAUCAAACUUAUAGCAGCUUGGGAAGACGCAUAUUUGAUGUUUACAUUCAGGGAAAGAAGAAGCUGAAGGAUUUCAAUAUUAAAGAAUCAGCAGGAGGGACAGGCAUACCAAUAGUAAAAGAAUUUACUAUAAUUGUAACCGAUGGCACUUUGGAGAUUGGUUUCCGAUGGGCCGGAAAAGCGACUUCUAUGCCUCAGGGAAUCAUUUACGGUCCUCUUAUCUCAGCAAUAUCUGUUUUCGAUCCUAAAAUAGAUGAUAAACUUUCAUCAGCAAGUACCGGUGGUAUUGCGACAGCUGCAGUGGUCGGUAUUGCGGGCGGAGCAGUGUUUGUUGCUUCAGUGAUUUUAGGCAUCCUUUGGUGGAAUGGUUGUUUAAGAGAAACGAGUACAUUGGAACGAGAUCUAAAAGGUAUAGAGUUGCAGACAACUUCCUUUACCUUAAGUCAAAUUAAAGCUGCCACAAACGAUUUUCAUGCUUCCAAUAAGAUCGGAGAAGGUGGUUUUGGUCCCGUUUACAAGGGCACUCUAGCAGAUGGCACUAUGAUCGCUGUUAAGCAGCUAUCGGCUCGAUCGAAGCAAGGAAACCUUGAGUUUGAGACUAAGAUUGGCAUGAUUUCAGCUCUACAACACCCUUAUCUUGUAAAGUUGUAUGGAUGUUGCAUUGAAGGAAAUCAACUGAUGCUUAUAUAUGAGUACCUGGAAAACAACAGCCUUGCUCGUGCAUUAUUUGGGCCACAAGAAUCUCAGUUGACAUUAGAUUGGCCAACAAGAAUGAAGAUCUGCAUAGGUAUAGCAAGAGGAUUAGCUUACCUCCAUGAAGAAUCAAGGUUGAAGAUUGUGCAUAGAGACAUAAAGGCCACUAAUGUGUUGCUUGAUAAGAAUUUAAACCCUAAAAUAUCCGAUUUCGGUUUGGCCAAGCUUGAUGAAGAAGAUAAUACCCAUAUUAGUACCCGAAUCGCAGGAACUUAUGGCUAUAUAGCUCCUGAAUACGCAUUGCAUGGCCGUUUGACAGAGAAAGCAGAUGUAUAUAGUUUUGGGAUAGUGGCUCUCGAAAUUGUUAGUGGGAGGUGCAACACUAGAAGCCGCCCAAAGCAAGAACCUUUCAUUCUCCUUGAAUGGGCUCAUGUUUUGAAGGAGAAUGGGAACUUGCUGGAAUUGGUUGAUACAAGGGUUGACUCAGAUUGCAACAUAGAUGGAGUGAUGGCUAUGAUCAACAUUGCACUAUUGUGCACAAAUCCCACUGCUUCAGCUAGGCCUUUAAUGUCUUCGGUGGUGAGCAUGCUUGAAGGCAAGGCUGAAGUUCAGGAAUACCUCACAGAUACAAGCAUUUCUUCAAAUCGUCAAAUGAGUGCUGAGGCUAUGAAAAAGUUGUAUCGGAAACUUGAAGAAGAUGAUACAGAUAUUAGCCAAACAAAGAGUAUGUUAGCUGAUGGGCCAUGGACCAAUUCUUCUACAUCUGCUGCUGAUCUUUAUCCAGCUAAUUUGACUUCUGGAUAUUUGCAGAAUACAGAUUCAACAAAUUAGAGAAAAUAUAUAUAAUUCUCUUGUUUGGUUUUCCCCCAGAAAA